AUGCUUCGCGUAUCUCCACGUCAUGCUUGUCCCACCGUCCUCUUGCCCGUCCCAUGUGCUCACGAUGCUCCGCUAACCUUGAAACGACAAGACGGGUCUCUUAUAGACAGGAAGCCGCCAGCGGGAAGACGGAAAGGUGACUCAGUCUGCCAUACGAUUUCACGUACUUCCUGUCCAACUCUGUACAAUGCCUUUGGCGAAGCGGAAUCCUCGAAGCGAUCUGCGCUUUUUAACGGAAUGAAUGUGCAAACAGAGUUCUCGGGCACCCUGAAGUUUCCAACGAGUCUGUAUGGGCCGUACAUGGAUGUGCCCACAUGCUUUUUGCCCAUGCCUUCGACCAUCUUCACGAUCUCGCGUCCCUACCUCCUGUUAGGAUCCUCUACUCACAGUAGGGGAGAUACCCAUACGUGGUCGCUUUUGAAAAGUUCCAAUAUUUUCCUAUGUGUUGAAGUCAUGUCCUCUUGUGACAAGCCCUGGAAUCCAGGCACAGGGCUCGCCGUCCCUGGUGUGUCGUUUUGGGCCUUGUUUGACAGCUCAGGCUUGGCCGGGUGCACUUUGAACUGGUCCAUGUAG